UCCGUCAAACUUUGAAAUGGAGCCUUCCUCCUCCUCCACCCCAUCCUCUCCUCAGCACAGGCCAGCUGCUAGCUUCGCAACCCAGGCCGAUGCCCUCCUCCGCAAGAAUCUUACCUUGCAGAAGCGAAACCUCAAGAACAACGUAUGCAUCAUAUCCUUUCCGGUCCUUAUCUGCGUCCUUCUCGUCGUUCUCCAAGGGAUCAUCGAUAAAGAACUUGAUAAACCGGAAAACCGCUGCGGAUGCGCUUGCGUUGAAUCCGGAGCAGGAAACGGCAGCUGUCGACGCGUCUGCGGGAUCCAGUACUCUACCAUGGACCAAGUCGGCUUCUGUUCCAUCCCCAAUCCGCCCAGAUGGUCUUCGCUGCUCCAAGUUCCGCUGCCCGAAUACCGUGCGGUACGGAUGCCGGAUUCGACGUUCUCCACCGACUGGCCGGAUAAGUCCUGCAGAUCCAACGGCUCGUGUCCCGCCACCGUGCUCAUCACGGGCCAGAAUCGAACUCUUUCCGAGAGUUUAGCGGGGCAUUUCUUCAGGGAAGCCACUUCUUUGGAUUCCUUGGAUUAUCUGGAUGCUCUAUCUUCAGUGGCUCCUGGGACGGAUGCUCCUACCGGACUUUUGCAGUUUAUUGAGCCUGCUUUUGCCUCUGAUACGCCGUUGUAUCUUCUUCAACCUCACUGCAGGACCAGUUCGAUGAAUGCGGUUACUGUUAAGUUUGAGAACGUAACACUGCAGAAAGAUGUGAAAUGCGUACAGGGCUUAUCUUUGUGGCUUGAUAAUGCAUCAGAAGUAAAUAAUGAAUUAUACAAAGGUUAUCAGCAAGCAAAUGCAGAUCGAAAGUCUAAUGAAUUUGUUGCAGCUUUUGACUUCUCAAACACUAGUGAGAAUGCUUUCAAUGUUAAUAUUUGGUACAAUUCAACCUACAGGAAUGACAGUACGCAACAGCUUGUCGCACUAGUUCGUAUGCUACGCUCGGUUAAUAUGGUCUCCAAUGCAUACCUUCAGUCCAUAAAAGGUAAUGGCACAAUGAUGCGGCUUGAAUAUGUCAAAGAAAUGCCAAAGUCCGAAACACGAAUCAGGCUCAAUUUUUCUGCACUCCUCGGUGCAUUAUUCUUUACAUGGAUUGUUCAGUUACUUUUUCCCGUUAUGCUGACAUAUCUUGUUUACGAGAAGCAACAGAAGUUGAAAAUAAUGAUGAAGAUGCACGGUCUCAAGGAUGGACCAUACUGGCUAAUAUCUUAUGCUUAUUUUUUUGUACUUUCAUCAGUUUAUAUGUUAUGUUUUGUGAUAUUUGGCUCUCUUAUUGGAUUGAAGUUCUUCACAUUGAAUGACUACAGCAUACAAUUUGUCUUUUAUUUCAUUUACAUAAACCUGCAAAUUGCCUUGGCCUUCGUUGCGGCAUCAUUUUUCUCUGAUCUCAAGAUUACUUCAGUUGCUGCGUACAUCUAUGUAUUUGGAUCUGGUUUAAUAGGACAAUUUUUUUCCCGUUAUUUAGUUGAAGAUGAUUCUUUCCCAAGACAUUGGCUUGUAGUUAUUGAGCUUGUUCCUGGAUUGUCGUUACAUCGUGGUCUUUAUGAGUUUGGGCAGUACGCCUUCACUGGAGAUAGUACAAACACAUCCGGUAUGCACUGGGGAAAUUUAGGCGACAGCAUGAAUGGGUUGAAGAAUGUUUUGCUUACCAUGACCAUUGAAUGGCUCUUAUUACUUCUGCUAGCCCAUUAUUUGGAUCAAAUUUCUUCCUUUAGCGUUGGAAGAAGAAACCCUGGCUUUAAUUUGAAAUGCAUUGAUAAGAAGGAUCUGUUAUCUUCUGUAAAAUCAAUGUUACAAAGACAAAGUUCCAAAGUUUUCAUCGGAAUUGAUAGGCCUGAUGUUGCUAAAGAGAGAGAAGUAGUCGAACAAUUACUUUUGGAACAUAGCAACAAUCACGCCAUCAUCUGUGAUAACCUUAACAAAAAAUUCCCUGGAAGAGAUGGAAGCCCUGAAAAACUUGCAGUGCAAGGUUUAUCUCUUGCUGUUCCAUCUGGAGAAUGUUUUGGCAUGCUUGGUCCUAAUGGUGCAGGAAAGACUUCAUUCAUCAAUAUGAUGACAGGCCUUCUAACACCAACUUCGGGCACUGCAUUAGUUGAGGGAUUGGAUAUUAGGUCCAACAUGGAUGAAAUAUAUGCAAGCAUGGGGGUCUGCCCACAGCACGACUUGCUCUGGGAAACUCUAACAGGAAGGGAGCAUCUAUUGUUUUAUGCUCGAUUAAAGAAUCUCAAAGGUGCUGCACUAAUACAGGCAGUGGAGGAAUCCUUGAAGAGUGUGAAUCUGUUUCAUGGUGGAGUUGCAGACAAGCAAGUUGGGAAAUAUAGUGGCGGUAUGAAGAGGAGACUUAGCGUUGCUAUAUCCCUAAUCGGUGACCCCAAAGUUGUAUACAUGGAUGAGCCAAGCACUGGGCUGGAUCCAGCAUCAAGAAACAACCUAUGGAAUGUUAUCAAAAAUGCAAAGAAAGAUAGGGCCAUUGUUCUUACAACGCAUUCCAUGGAAGAAGCAGAGGUGCUCUGUGACCGCCUUGGUAUUUUUGUAACUGGAAGUUUGCAAUGCAUAGGGAAUCCAAAAGAGUUGAAGGCAAGAUAUGGAGGCACCUAUGUGUUCACAAUGACCACAUCCUCAAAUGAAGAGGAAGAAGUAGACUUAUUAGUUCAAAAACUGUCACCGAAUGCUAAGAAGAUUUAUCAAAUCUCAGGAACUCAGAAGUACGAAUUGCCAAAACAAGAGGUCAAAAUUGCUAAUGUUUUCAGAGCAGUGGAGCACGCAAAGGUAAGUUUCACUGUUCAGGCUUGGGGCUUAGCCGAUACUACCUUAGAGGACGUUUUUAUUAAAGUUGCAAAAGGAGUUCCAUCACAUGAUAAUGCGCUUAUAUGA